UGCCUCCAUGGCGACGCGGCGGAAGGGCAGCUGAAGAUGGCCGCCGAGCCAGGCGAUGGGCGCUUCGGGCCGCGCCGCUGUUGCCGGCAGCUGCUGGCCGCUGUUACCGCCGCGCUGCUGUUGCUGCCGCUUCUGGGCUGCGGCAGUGUCGCCGCCUUUUCUCCCUUCUCUUCCUCGUUCUGUCACCACCGCGUGCCCAGCGGCGAGGAGGUUGUCUACCAAGUCCCUCUGAAGGAAAAUCAUGUCUUGAAGAGAAAUGUGGAUCAGCAGCUAAGAAUUAACAUUACAUACGACAGAAGUGUUGAGGAUUUGCUACCUGAGAAAAGACACCUUAUAAAGAGCAAACUUUUUCCACAAGCUAUAUCUUAUUUGGAGAAAACAUUUCAAGUACGCAAAUCCACGGGUACUAUAUUACUAAGCAGGCAGUGUGCCACAAACCAAUACUUAAGGAGGAAAGCAGACCCUCAUAGAUACUGCCGAGGGUCCUGUGCAGACCACACAAGGUGUGGGCCAGUCAUAGUUCCUGUGAAACAUCUCCAGCAAUGCAGGGUGUGCAGUGAGAAUGAAUGGCACUGUGGGCCCACCGGCUUACCUGACCAAGAAGGGGUUCGAGACGCUGACUUUGUACUUUACGUUAGUGCUCUCACUACUGAAAGGUGUGGCCAUGAAAAUAUCAUUGCAUAUGCAGCCUACUGCCAACUGGAAGCUGAAAUGGACAGGCCAAUAGCAGGAUAUGCUAACUUGUGUCCAAAUAUGAUUUCAACACAAGCUCAGGAGUUCGUUGGCAUGUUAUCUACAGUGAAACAUGAGAUUAUCCAUGCACUGGGUUUCUCAGCUGGUCUGUUUGCAUUUUAUCGUAAUGAUGAUGGAAAACCUCUGACAACAAGAUAUGCGGAUGGACUCCCUCCCUUUAAUGAAAGUCUAGGUUUGUAUCAGUGGAGCAAUAAAGUCGUUCAUAAAGCAGUGAGGUUAUGGGACAUACGUGGAGGGAAAAUGCUGCGCCAUACUGUUUAUCUUCUGGUAACACCUCGUGUAGUUGAAGAAGCUCGAAAACAUUUUAAUUGUCCAAUUCUAGAGGGAAUGGAGCUUGAAAAUCAAGGUGGCAUGGGUACUGAGCUCAAUCACUGGGAAAAAAGACUGUUGGAGAAUGAAGCAAUGACUGGAUCCCAUACACAGAAUCGAGUCUUUUCCAGGAUCACCUUAGCCUUAAUGGAAGAUACAGGUUGGUAUAAAGCAAAUUACAGCAUGGCAGAGAAAUUAGAUUGGGGACGCAAUAAAGGCUGUGACUUUGUGAUGAAGAGCUGUAAAUUCUGGAUUGACCAAAAGAGACAAAAGAGGCAAUUAAUCAGUCCAUACUGUGACACUCUGAGGAGUAAUCCUUUGCAGUUAACCUGCAGGCAGGACCAAAGAGCAGUAGCAGUGUGCAACUUGCAGAAGUUUCCAAAGCAGUUACCUCAGGAGUAUCAGUAUUUUGACAGUCUUGAUGGAGUACCAGAGGAAGAGUUGCCUUAUUAUGGUGGCUCAGUAGAAAUCGCUGACUAUUGUCCCUUUAGUCAAGAAUUCAGUUGGCAUUUAAGUGGCGAAUUUCAACGCAGCUCAGAUUGCAGAAUAAUUGAAAACCAACCAGAUCCUACCAAAAACUAUGGUGCAGAGAAGUAUGGACCAAACUCUGUAUGUCUGAUUCAGAAAUCUGCUUUUGUCAUGGAACAGUGCAGGAGGAAACUCAGUUACCCUGACUGGGGUAGUGGAUGUUACCAAGUUUCUUGUUCUCCACAAGGGCUGCACGUGUGGGUCAAGGACAUGGCGUACUUGUGCAGCCGCUCAGGUCAGGUGUUAACUGUGAGCAUUCAGAUGAAUGGCUGGAUACACGUCGGGAAUCUGAUUUGUCCAGCCUGUUCAGACUUCUGUGACUCCUGUCCCCCAGAGCGGGAUCCUCCGUCUUCUAAUUUAACAAGAACUGCACCAAUCGACUUAUGCUCCUGCUCAUCUGGUCUGGUUGUAACCCUUUGGCUGUUGAUGGUGAAUUUAAUUCCCCUGCUAACAGGAUUAUUUCUCUGCGCAUAGAGUUAAGCAUGGGGCAAGAAGCUGUUCCAAGAUGAUACACCAUUGUGUUGCACUCCUUAUUAUGGAGCAUGGAGUUUUUUUUGUCUCUGCAGGCAGCUGUCUUCUGCUGAAACUCAUCUCUCCUGGCAAGUAUUGGUGCAGACAGCUGUCAUGAAGGUGCUGACAAAAGCAGGCAGAGUCUGAGAGGAGAAAAAUUUACUUUGUCAUCUCAAUAAGUGCCAGUAUUUUCCUGAAUUCCAAUCUUUGACUUACCUUUUUUUUGAGGCAGUAACAAGAUGCACUCUGCUGACUGCAUUACACUACCUGGCAAUUCCGUCAAGAUUUGAAGCAAGAACUCUUCUGUUGUAGAACUGAGCAUUUGGGUUUUUUUUGUUAUGACCUCUGUGUGACUGGCAGCAAAGCAUCCUCAACUAGAAAUAUACCUCAGCGGUUUAGUCAAAAGCCAUGUAAAAAUUGGUUGUGACCACUGCUAAUAACCCAGGCCCAAAUAGGUGUGGGGAUUAUUUUGUGGUUUUGCCAAUUCCUACAAAUUAUGGGAGGAAGAAAUAAUUUAAUAGAGUAGACCAGUUGUUGGCCAUUGCCCCACGACUGGAUUCUGCAGUCUUGAGGCUUCUCAGAUUUCAUACUAGUUUGCAGUGAAGUGACUAAUUCUUGGGGUUCACUUAAACCUUCCUAGCUGCACAAAGCAGAAUUUCAGACUGGUAACCAAGACAACUUUCUGGCAAUCCCAUUCUCAUUCAGUAUGUGCCAGUUCUACUGUGAGAUCAAAUACAUCAGAUGUUUGAAUAUUCUCUUGCUAGGCAAAGGCUUUUCAGUACUGACACCCAAUCUGUAAAAUUGGGGUAGGAUUUCUACUUGUUUUUCAUUUUGUUGGUUUGUUUCUUAAAUAAUGGAAUUUUUUCUUUUAAGCAGUAUGAACAUCAGUGCGGCUGUUCUUACUUUUUGUUGAAGGGCAAACAAGUAGCAAUGGCAGCUAUAAUCUUACAGUACCAUGUGAGUUCUCUAAACCAAAAAUGGUAUUGAAUGCGUAAAGAAAUAUUUCUUUAGCUUUUUUUUUUUUCCCUCCAUUUUUUUUUUGGACAUAUAGGUACUAUGGAUUGAGUAUUUCUAAGAAGUUGAGAAUUGGACAUUUUGAACCACAUGGGGGCACAGCUUGCUAUAAAGUUAAUCACUUGAUGGACAAAAUAUGUAAGAGGAAAGAAAGGAGUAAAAUCUGUCUACCUAAGCACAGCUGCUCUAUAGAAUACUUGUAAGGAUGUUUGUAUUUGUUUCUGACUCUAUAAUGUAUAGCAAAUAAUCCUGUUUGGGUUUUUUAUUUAAAGAAACUCUUACAGCACCACUGAGGUGAGUAAGCUGCAACCUAAAACUGUCUGAAGGCAUCACAGUCAAGAGAGUACCUUGCACUGGGCUAGUUCCCCUUCUUAACUGCAGGUUAAGUUUGCUUUGAAUUAUACAAGGCUAGCCUUAAGCAGGUGUUUCUGAGAAGCAAUACAAAUUAGAAAUGCUUUAAAUAUGUACAAAUUCCAAUUAAGAAACACUCAGAUUAAUAAGUGAACACUUAUUAUUUUAAUAUAUGCACAAUCAGCAGUCAGAGUCAAUUGAUUCCUUGAAAACAGAAAGGUUUGAGAAUACAUCUUAGGUCCCAGAGGUUGAUGUUGUAUUUUUUGUCUGUUGUGCAAUAAUACAGUUUAAAUGGUAUCACUCAACAAAACAAUGCUUUUGAUACUUGAAAAGAAAUUAUUGGUUAUUUUUUCUUACUGUGAAAUAUUUGCACUGUCUGAACUUUCUGGUUAACUUUAUAACUUAAACUUUUUUACUGGUGUUAAUUUAUUGUGCUCGGUAUUUGAUAUGCUGGUCUCCUGUCUGUGUGUGAAAUUUGUCAUAUUUAAUUGAAUUUUUUUGUCUUCAACACAGUUGUUUAUCUUGAGGGUUUUUCUUUUAUUCUCUCCAUAAGAAUUACUGGGAGAUGGUUCAAAAAAUCAGUGCUCACCUACUUCUGAAUUGUAUGUGUGCUCUAAUGAAAGAGGCCAUAGUGUGUUGCACCCACGGGGGAAAACCUGCCUGCCUGUCAGAGCUCUUAUAGUCAGGUUCACCUGGCUUAGCUGAGUAGCUGCAUCAGUGAAGUAAAGCUAUUACUGCCUUAAUAAUCUGAAAUAUCAGUCAUAACUUCUUUGAUGUGCAGCCCUUCAACUGGCUGUGAACUGCAGAACUGAAUGUAGCUUUGGGGAGUCCGGCAAGGAAGGUGCUUUAGCCAGCAAAAUCCAACACGUUCUGUCCUGUCAGUGCAAUAGCAGCUGUAGCCAUGUUGGAACUGCCAAGAGAUGUGUUGAGUUCAAGGUAAAGUGAGAAUGAAUUGAUGACUGUCAAGAAGAGUAUUUGAGUAAAACUGACUACCUCAGUUCUGUUUGAUUUAAGCUUGUAGACUGCUGUGAACUUCCAAAUCUUAAAAUGAAGUAAAAACAUGUCUCAGGUUUUUAAGAGCAAAAUAAAUACUGUAGGAACCAUAAGCCAUUUCUGACGGUAGAACACAGCUACAACUGCAGCUUAAACUAAUCAAUUAUGUAGCUUUAAGAAUCGUUUGCCCUGUAAAAGCCAGUAUUGGCUUUGAAUAAACACAAAGCUUGCAGGCACCUACUUUAGGUGUCCUGACCCUUAUUGUGGCAAGUCCAUCCUAAUGCAUCUCUGAUGUGAGAAAACUGAAAUACAGCCCAAACACUCCUUUGUGUGUUCACCAGUGGAGGUGGGGCAGCAGGAGCCCUGGUUAUGGUACUCAGAGAUGAGGGAGUUACCUUGUCUAUAGCAGAAACAUGUUCAGUGGGUAAUGCCCACAGGUUUAGUUUUUUAAAACAUUCCAUGUUUGCUCAUGGAAGUAAAUUAGUCUUGCAGUCUUUUUUCUUUACCCCUGUAGUUCCAAUCUGUAGUGGCUCAAGUAGAGGUCGAGGGAAGUCAUAAUUUAGGAAGACAUUUUUCUAAUGUUUCAAAUAAUUAUGAUGAACAUGCAGCAAGUAAAAUCACACUGAAAACUGGAAACCCAUUGCUCUUGAAAUAAGUUGAGAUCUUGGGAGACUGUCACAACUUUGCAUGUAGGUUAAUUACAGAGAACUUCCUAGGUGUGACUUUCAGCCGGCUGAGCAGGUCACAGUCUUUCCCCUGCAAGAUGUAACAUUCUUUAGGAUUUGGGUCUAUUUGUAAGCCGAAUAAUGUGAUCUUGUACUACGAGACUUCCAAAACACAAAUGUUGCCUUUUUAAUGUGAAGCUUACCUUGGAGGUAAAACAACUGUUGUGAGAGAACUGGCUGACCUUGAACAUGUGUUUCCUAUUUUAGUACAGAAUGUAAAUACAGAACAAAUUAUUUUACAUAGAUUUUGAUGGGAUUGAGAUAUAAGGGCUAAUUUUUAUUAUUUAUGGAGUAAAAAUUUCCUUAUUUUACUGUUUAAAACAAGUAUAUCAUUCAAGAGAAGGAAAAAAUGUUCAUCAAUAAAAUGUCUUUAGAAAAUUGA